AUGGACAGAACAAGCGACCAACGCCGUACAAGUUCACCUACUUAUAAUCGACCUCGGGAUACAACACCAUACCGUUCGAAUUCUACUUAUUCAGAAAGGGAUAACUACUCAAGUUCUCACUAUAUACCUUCACGAAGCUAUUCGCAAAAUCCAGAAUAUUCAAUGAGAGAACCUCCGCAAGGUAUUCCUCGUUAUGAGGGACGAGAAGAGGAAUCACAACUGGCCUUCAGAGGGCAAGUGCCAUAUGUUAGUAACUCAAGAGAUCUAAAGCCAUAUGGAAGGCCUCCACUACUACCUCCUCAAUCUUAUGAUCGAAGACCACCUUAUCGUGGUGGCACACCGUAUAAUAUUCCGCACCCUCGUCAAAAUGCUGGCGGACCACCACCCCAUAAUCACAGAGAUUUUGGUGGACCACCAUAUAAUCCUCCUUACUCAAGGGGAAGCCCAAUUCAACAUCACCCACCUUAUCAAAGACCACCGUUUCACACAUCUCCAUUUCCCCCGGCCGCUCCAAGGCCUCCAAGCUCCCAUCAGCCUUUGUUUCCAUUAACUCCUACAAAGCCAACGCAAAAUCCAAUAUCAUAUGCACCAGCAUUGGAAGAAAAGAUAGCACAAUCUAAAGAAAGGUUCCAACAACUCAGGGAAGAAGAGUUCAAAUUAACGGUUGAUCUUCACAAAAGGCGUGGGGAAUUGAACAAAGCAACGUGGGAACUAACUAAAGUCACACAUAAUACUGCAUUGGCGUUACAGCAAAUUGAAGUUCUUUAUACACCAGAACAGAUUGAGGCGCUUGUGAAAGAAGGAGAAGAGAAUGCUGAAAGAGAUGCUAUGAAGAAUCAUUGUUAA